AUGUAUGUUGUGGGAAACAUUUACCUCAUCGCCGCCAUAUCGGUGAUCGGCGGUGCGCUCUUCGGUUUCGACAUUUCGUCCAUGAGCGCUAUCAUAUCGACUCAACCAUAUCUGUGCCGCUUUAACGAGCUUGGAUUCAACGAGAAUGGUUCCUGCAAAGGACUGCAUGAGGAUGUCCAGGGAGGUAUCGUGGCCGCAAUGCCUGGUGGCUCUCUAAUUGGCGCUAUGGUCUCUGGUUUCCUUUCUGAUCACUUUGGACGCAAGCCAACUAUCCAGAUUGGUGCUGCCAUCUGGUGUGUUGGAUCCAUCAUUACGGCAGCUUCAGUCAAUGUGCCCAUGUUGGCCAUUGGCCGUGUCAUCAACGGCUUCUCCGUUGGUAUCUGCUCUGCCCAGGUCCCCGUCUACAUCUCUGAGAUCGCCAAGCCAUCGGUUCGCGGACGCUUGAUAGGGAUGCAGCAGUGGGCCGUGACGUGGGGUAUCGCCAUCAUGUUUUUUAUCUGCUACGGCUCCUCUUUCAUCAAGUCCGAGGCUGCUUUCCGUCUGCCAUGGGGUAUCCAGGCUCUCCCUGCCGUUCUCCUGGGCGUCGGGCUCAUUUUCCUUCCCGAGUCUCCUCGAUGGCUGGCCAAGCAUGACCGAUGGGAAGAGACGCUGGCUGUGCUCGCUCGCACACACGGCAAUGGUGACAAUAACGCUCCCUUUGUCGUAAAGGAGAUGGCUGAAAUCCGGGAAGUGGUCGAGUUUGAGCGCGCCAACGCCGAUGUCUCGUAUCUUGAACUUUUCCGUCCCAACAUGAUCAUCCGGACCAGCAUUGGAGUUGCCACCCAGGUUUGGAGCCAAUUGACUGGAAUGAAUGUCAUGAUGUACUACAUCACCUACGUUUUCACCAUGGCCGGUCUCGGGAGUGAUGUCCUCUUGCCCAGCGGUAUUCAGUUCAUCAUCAACGUCGUCAUGACCGUGCCAGCCCUCAUCUGGAUGGACAGCUGGGGUCGUCGUCCGACAUUACUGGUCGGCGCUGCUCUCAUGUGUUUAUGGCUAUGCAUCAACGCCGGUUUAUUCGCCACCUACAGUCGUCCUCCGCGACCCGAGGACAACUUUACCUCGGCUUCCAUGUCCAUGAAGAUUGAGGGCGCCCCUGCCAAGGCUGUCAUUGCCUCAACAUACCUGUUCGUCGCUUCGUUCGCCUGCACCUGGGGCCCGACCUCUUGGGCCUACCCCCCUGAGCUCUACCCUCUACGACUCAGAGGCAAGGCUGUCUCCCUUGCUACCGCAAGCAACUGGACUUUCAACUUUGCCUUGGCAUACUUUGUGCCACCCGCAUUCGCCAACAUCACAUGGCGCACCUAUGUCAUCUUCGCCGUCUUCUGCGCCACCAUGUUCAUCCAUGUGUUUUUCUUGUUUCCCGAGACGGCCAACAAACCCCUUGAAGAAGUUUCCGAGAUGUUUGACGACACCAAGCCCGGCGCCAUCCGCUUCAUCGGUACCCCGGCCUGGAAAACACACAACAUACGCAACUCUGCGCGUAGCGUUGAGCGUAGCGAGUUCGACGUCGAGGACAAGAGGGCAGUCACGCCGCCAUCAACGGAGCAGAAGGAGACUGUUGCAUAG